AUGAGAAACUCUACAUCUUUAUCUACAUUCAUACUGCUGGGACUGACAGAUGAUCCUCCAAUGCAGGUUCUGAUUUUUAUGUUUCUGUUUGUUUCCUAUACAUUGAGUAUAACUGGGAACCUGACCAUCCUUAUGCUCACUUUAGUAGAUUCUCGCCUUAAAACCGCCAUGUACUUUUUCCUCAAACACUUCUCCUUUUUAGAAAGCUUGUUAACAACAGCCUGCAUUCCCAGAUUUUUAUACAGCUUAUCAACUGGGGACAAGACUAUUUCCUAUAAUGCUUGUGCUGCUCAAUUAUUUUUUGUCAUUCUUUUUGGAGCAACAGAAUUUUUUCUCCUGGCCAUCAUGUCCUAUGACCGCUAUGUGGCCAUCUGCAAACCCUUACAUUAUGCAACCAUCAUGAGCAGCAGAGUCUGUGGAAGACUUGUUAUUUGCUGUUGGAUAGCAGGUUGGCUGGUCAUAUUUCCACCACUCUGCCUGGGCUUAAAUCUGGAAUUCUGUGACUUUAAUGUCAUUGAUCAUUUUAUCUGUGAUGCUGCUCCUGUGCUAAAGAUCUCUUGUUCAGACACACGGUUCAUAGAACAGAUGGCUGUUGCCCUUGCUGUGUUGACUGACAUCUUGACAUUUCUGUGUGUAGUUAUAUCUUAUAUGCACAUCACCAGGACCAUCCUAAAUUUCCCUUCCACCCAGCAAAAGAUGAAGGCUUUUUCUACCUGUUCUUCUCACAUGAUUGUGGUUUCUAUCACCUAUGGCAGUUGUAUCUUCAUCUAUGUCAAACCUUCAGCAAAGGACAAAGUGACAGUUAAUAAGUGUGUGUCAGUGCUUACUACUUCAGUUGCCCCCAUGUUAAACCCAUUCAUUUACACCCUGAGGAACAAGCAAGUGAAAGAAGCUUUUAGAGAUUUAAUCAACAGAAUGUCAUUGAUGUCAAAGAAGUAA